CUAGCAAUUGCAAACAUAAACAGUUUCAAAAAUAAAAAGUUUUUUUGGCAGAGUCAAAUUUAUUUAUUUUAAUACAAGUGACUGUCUAAACUAUAAGGAGAAUAGUAAUUUCUCAUACAGUAGCACUACUCUGGUGUAGUAAAUUUUAAACCUAAAACCAACAGUCCGCAAUCUACUGAGCUAGACUCUGUUUACACAGUCAAAUUUAUAUUUUGUCCAGAAAAAUUUCUCAAAGAAAAAGCAGGUUCCGACAACAACAACAACCAAAAAAAAACAAAAAAACAAAAAAAAAGCCCAAGAGGCUAGGCCCCUCCGUCUGGAUCCCACAUCAACCAAAGAAACCAAAAGGUAAUUUAAAAAAAAAUUAAUAAUAAAUUAAACCAAAAAAUUAAAAAAAGAGAGAGAAUGAGCAAUAGGGUGAGUUUUCUGAAAGAAGCCUGGAACGUUCGCACUUCAUGGUUGCGGCAGAGACUGCUAAAACGCUGUCGUUUCGAUGCUCCUCUUGUUCUCAUUAGCUUUUCCCGUGGUUUCUCAACGACCAAUCACUGCUUUUAUUCUUCGCUUCCAGUAGUGUACUACUGGACCAUCUCACAACGUUUCAGUGACAAAAAUGGGUUCGCAGUCAAAGCCUCUCAUACUGGCAAAGAAGCCAAAGCCGCAAGCAGUAGUUACAGAUAGGAUCAGUGAAUUACCUGAUGCAGUUCUUUGUCACAUACUUUCCUUCCUUCCAACGAAACUUGCUGUGAGAACCAGCAUUCUGUCUACAAGAUGGAAGAACAUAUGGGCUUCUGUUCACAAUCUAGACUUCGACGACGAAUACGAUCCCUGGAUAGAGAGGGAUGACUCUUUCUCAAUGUUUGUCGACCGUGUACUUUCCUUUCGUGGCUCAGCCGACAUUCAUAAGUUUCGUCUUCAUUGUUCCGGUGUUGAGGAUUUCUCUCGUAUUGAUGGUUGGAUUCGCACUGCUAUUGACCGUAAUGCUGUUGAAUUUGAUCUUCGUGUUUACUCCUAUUCCGAUUUCCAGAUUUUUGAGUUGCCUCAAAGCUUAUUCAUGUCCAAAACACUGGUGGUUUUGAAGCUAAAUUCAGAUUGUCUUAGAUAUGUUCCUCCUAAGUCAGGGUGUUUCCCAAGUCUCAAGUUCCUCCAUGUUACAGGCGAUUAUCCUGAUGAUGAAUCAAUAGAAAAGUUAUUUUAUUGCUGCCCUGUACUUGAAGAUUUGACUAUAGAUGGAGUUGUUAGACAUGAUGCAGAUGUUUACAUCUCUGCGCCUGAAUUGAAGACGUUAAGAAUAAGUUUAAGUGGUGAAGAUUUUUCUACUCAGAACAGUUUUUCUAUAAAUGCUCCAAAGCUUGAAAAACUUGAUGUCAUGGAGAAUAGUUUGUCAAAUUACAUUGUGAAGAAUCCGAAGUCCCUGGUCAAAGCCAUUGUUAAUCUCUAUUCACAUUAUUCAUGUUUACAAUGUGACUUCUCUAAGUUUUCAAGUGCGCUUCUGGCAGGAAUUUCCUGACUUAGUUUAUGUUUGAUCAAUACUUUAUCUUUCACAAAGGCUUGUAGUGUGCCUGCUUUUGAUAAUUUGAGCGAAUUGAAGCUGGUUCUUCAUAAUUGCGACAAUUGGGAAUUGCUAACAGAGCUGCUCAAGAGAUCACCUAAUUUGGAGUAUCUUGUCUUAGAACAUAAUGAAGUUGCGUGUACUAUAUACUCGGACGAUGAAGAAUACUUUGCGGAAUACUUCGACCAUGAAUGGAAUACACCAGAGACCGUGCCUGUUUGUUUGUCCGCCCACCUCAAGAGUAUCACCAUAAGGGGAUUCAAGGGAGACUCUGAUGAGAUGGAAGCAGCGAAGUAUUUGUUAGAGAAGGGUAAAGUUCUGAAUAAGGUGACUAUUUAUGCUGGUGAUUUGCUAUGUAGUAGAGAGGAGUUAGACGAGGAACUUGAGUUGAUUCGAAGGGGUUCGAGGACUUGUCGAGUUGAAUUUUUCUGAGAUGCAAUUUCUAGCUUUUGCAACAAUUGUAUUGUUGAAAAGUCCAAUUCUGGGUUUUAGAAGGAUUCUGUUGUCUUUUAUUUCUUUUGGACGACUAAAAGGAUUAUGUUAUCAACAAAGUUGUAAUAUUUAGCAACCCUUUUUUUUUUGGUUGAUAUUAAGAUGAGCCUAUUCGCA